AUGUCUAAAAAAUCUCGAAGACGGAAAGAUAAAGUAGAGGAAAAGGCCGCAUUCGAAUGGGAAAAAGAUCGCAUUCUUCCAGAAAAUCUAAGGGAUGAGAUGGAAACCAUGUGGGAGAUUCCUCAAAUUUAUCACUUUCUUCAACUUACCAAAGAAGCACUGAACAUUUGUCAUCUCUCGAUGUAUGAAGUUGAACGAAUGCUUUUAAUGCCAAAAGCUUCCAAGCAACUGGCUCAUAUAAUGACAUGUUUAUUAAGUUCACCUACAAGCACAAAAGCCAAACUACACAGAGUGCCACCAAUGCCUUAUGAGUUCUGGACUAAUAUUUUAUCGUACAAAUUGAAAAGCUGGUUUAAAAUUUAUCAAGCAAAACGUCAAGAUUUUGUGAAGACUUUUGAUACUAUUGGAGUAGAACCUGAAUUUUGGAAGGUCUUUCCAGAAGUUAACAAAAUCGAGGGAAAGGACUUUCAAGACUUUACUUUUAGAGAAAGAGUUUGGAUAUUAAAAACAAUUUGCGAUACUACGGUACACUCAAGGAAAACUAUUCAAGAUGAAUUGGCGAAGCAACCAUGGGAAAGUCAAUUUGAAACAGUACUGGGAAUCGAUAGAUACGGAGCUCGAUAUAUUUAUUUUCCACAAUUCCUAGACAAUGAUCUCAGAGUGUAUAGACAUUGUUUGGAUAAUCAAGUAUUAUCAACGGUUAAGCCACUAACCAAAAUAUUAAAACCAAAGGAACAGAGAUCGUCACUAGACGGAAUAAAAGUCGGACAGCGAAUUACAUCUAAGAAAAAAAAGCGAAGAUCUCGCUGGAGUAUUGGUUCCUUACCGCUAAAGAAAAGAGAUAAGAGAAAAUCCGAUGUAUUAAAUGUUGAUCAAAACGUUAUAGAUUCCAAUUCGAAUUCCGUUGAUAGCCACUGUAAAAACAGCUCUAGGAGUUCUUCCAAAGCUUCGGAAAGGAGUGUGCUUGGUAAAUCUUGUUUUACAAAUGACUCGGUAGUUGCGAAACAGGAAAGCAAUUUCCAUCAAAUUAAAAGUGAAAUUAUACAUAAUUUAAAAAUUGAGGCGGAGGAAAACAAUAAGAAAACAGAGGGAAUAGUGGUGGUCAAAGAUGACUUAAAUAAAUCCGUGAAAACAUUUUUUAAAACUGAGGAUUCUUUUUCUAAGGAAAGCAAUUUUUUAACGAUUGAUGAUUUAUCAAAGAGUUCGAAAACCGACGAUGAGAAACUAGAGGAAAUGAGUUCUUUAAAUGCCUCCAAGAACAGCGACAAGCCUGGAGAUAUGAAUGUACAAUUACUUUUAAGCUUAGGGAAGGAUGUAAAUAUUUCUAAAUCCGACGAUGAGAAACUAUCAGAAAAUAAAAAAUGUGACGCGUCGUCUGAUAACGAAUUUCUAAUUGACGAACUAAGUUUAGACAAAUGGAGAAAUAUGAGAAAGCCAAAUAUAGAUGGAAACCUUACUAAUUCCGAUACCGAUGACGUUUGCAAUUUGACACUUAAUAACUCGAGAGCAAGACGAAGUGCUCGUAUAAAACAUAUUUCGGAAAUCAAGUCAGUAAUUGAUAAUCCAGAAGAUACAUUAGAAUCGUGUAAGAACGAGGACUUGUCGUCGAUUGAUUUAAGGGACAGAUUAUGUAGAGCUUCGCCUGAAUUAGAUGGGAAUUAUUCGAAUGGACAUUUGAACGGGAAGGAAUGGAAAGUAAGGGAUUUUAAUGAAUUAAUCAAUGAUCUCAGUAUAUCAAAUUUUCAGCUUGUUGCUGAUAGUAUAGAUAGUCUUAAUGGUUUGAUUGAGUUCAUCACAUGUGACAAAAGAAUACCGGAUUUCAAUACUAUUAAAGAUAAUUUUGUUCGACCAGUGUGCGAAGAAAAACUUUUAAUUAGAAUGAAGAUAUUAUUUACUUCUUUAAGGAAAAUGGAAAGCACAUUAAAAGAAUCGACAAAAAAAGCACGAAAUAAAUUACAGAGAGAAUGGAAUAACUUUGAAAAUGGCGUGGCGGACGAGGUUGAAGAGGACAAGGACGGAUCUAAUCAUUGGGUGGUCGGCUCGCAGGGCUAUUCGCUCCACGUCCUCGACCAAAAUCGUUCAUCGGCGUUAUCGCACUCUGCCUCAUCCUCAGCUGGCUCUCGAAAGUCUGGCUCAAAAGCGAUCGCGGGAGCUUCAUUUGCAGAUACUUUUGAAACGCCGGCCUCGGCCUUAUACAACCGGAAGGGGAGGCGAAAGCGAAGGAAGCAAGCCCGCACGGACAAAGUCCCGAUCUGCAAGGAGCACUUCCCCGCCAAGGUCGAUAAGGCAGACGAGGCCGGUGAGGCCAGUGAGGCCAGCGAGGCCAGCGAGGCCAGUGAGGCCGACGAGAGUAAAGCCGAGAAGGACGGAACAAAACGAAGCUCCGAGAAUAAAGUCGUCGAGGAUCAAGUCGGCGAGAAUAAAGUCAGCUCUAGCGACAUCCUCGAGAAUAAAGUCGACAACGGUCACACCAACGGCCACGCCAACGGUAACGCCAACGAGGAAGAGGAGACAAACAAGAACACGGACAGCGGGGAAUCUAUUAAAACGACGAGAGUCCUGCGAGCGCGAGGUGUCUCUUCCUACACCGAACAAUUGUUCUUUGACGAGGAAAGCGAAGAGGAUAAGCUGGACGGGUGGGCCGACAUUGAGGCAAUCUACGCGUCUCCCAGCGCACAGAUCAGUACAUCCGCUCCUAACACUCCUACGAAGGCCCGGGAUUCAUGCAACGAUUCGGAAAAAGAGGACUCAGACCAAGAUUGGAUUUUACCUAGCUCUCGCAAAAGGAAAAGUAAACGUCCGUCGGCAAGUCGACGAUUAAAGUCAUUCCAACAUAAAUUACAAAACAUCAAAAUUGAUCAAAAUACGGAAGCUAACGAUGAUCAGCAACAGCAGCCGUUAAUUAUCAAUGAUGCCAAAGCUUUACAGUCCCAAACAGCUCCAGAAAUAACAACAAUUUUUGAGCCUCCCGCCAAAUCAGAAACCAAACCAGUCGCCAAAUCCACCAAAUCAGCCACCAAAUCAGCCACCAAAUUUAUUCCGCAAUCGCUUUCCAAUCAAGAAAUAGAUAAUAAUGUAACAGUAGUAGCAGUUACUUCAAGUGGUUCUUCAAUUCCAACAGUGCCUUUAAAUCCCAUUAAAAUUGAGUCACAAGAGACGAAAUUACAUUCAGUGCUGGAUAUCAAGGACGAAGGUCCUAUUUACGACUCUCCAAAUACGAAUCAAAAUAUUAGUUGCGUUCAACCAAAUUAUGUAGUUGUAACAGCAGGACACGCGCCCGUUACAAAUUAUUAUGUUAUGCAUCAAAAUACCGUCGCGUCAGCCGUUAUGCAGCAAAAUCAGUUCAUUCAACCGACUGCUUUCGUAUCUCAAAUGGUACCUCAGGGUUACUACGUACAGCAGCAAGCCGGACAAAACUACCUAGUGCAAAGUCCCUCGGGAAUAAUAACAACCGGACCUCGACAAGCAUUUAUAGCCCCCAGUACUCCGCAAAUGGUUUAUCAAACACCUCCACCGCCGCCGCCACCUCAGUCAUCGCAGCAGCAGCAACAACAACAACAACAACAACAACAACAACAACAGAUUGUCCAAACGACGCCGAGCUACGUGCAAUAUGUUGCCGCGCCCCAGCCGAAUCAUCGGACCACAAUGUCGCAGCCGCGUAUAAUUAACACGACAACCCUGUCGCCGCCACGUCAGAUAGCUUACAGAAUGAAAGUGCCGAUCCCCGUACAGAACAACAAGAUCGCCUUACCAGCCAGGCAACAGAGCUUCCCGCACCCCAACGGCGCGGUAAUAAGGAGCACCCCACUUACACCGAAUGUCCUGAGGCCUGGACAAAGGACCGUACCGAGAUCCAUUGCGCCGAGACGUCAGGCCAUUCAAAAGCAACUGAAUUCAACGCACCAGGCGGUGAAGCCUAAAUCCAAAGUGCCGAAGACUGCCAACGCUACGUCACUGAUAGUCCUGAGCGACAGCGACGAUGACAUUGAGAUGAUCGUUACGGAUAAGAGGAGCAAGAACGGCGCAGAACGUGAGGAGAGCAACGAGGUCAGUCACGAGUCACCGAAAGAGAGCAGUGACGUCGACUCGCAAUCACCGAAGGUAAAGAACGUCUUGCCCCCGGAGCUGCUGCAGCGCAUGAUUGAAAGCGGCGUCUCGAUCAGUCCUGUGAAACCGGUGCAAACGACCGCCUCCCAAAUCACGCAACUCGUCGUCGUCGUCAAUGAGACCGGCAGCCAUUACGCUCUCGCACUGCCCAAUGGUAGUAAAUUGAUACUUACCCCCGAGCAGGUCGCGCAAAUUCGCGCCUCCAAUGGUGGCAAACUUGUCUUUUGAAGAAUUCCCGAGUAAAGCUUGCUCAUCCCUUUUUGGCACUAUUUACUUUCUCAUUAAGGAGAUCGGAUGAGAGAUACCAGUACUUUUUGGAAAAACAACGAUUUUACUGAAAUUGCUGAAUACGCUGAUUAGUCGUUUCCUCCCUCCC